CGUCUCAGAUUUUCCUGUUUUGCUCUUGGCAUCAGUCUGUUGGGUCGAAAUUUUUUCUAUAAUCUGAGUCCCAUCAAACGAACAUUUCUCUUUACCUGUCUCACCCCAAUUAAGCUACACUUUUGAGAAUUAUAUUUUCUUUUCCAAACCCUCGUUACAUCCAUCUGAACCAGUGACUUUCAAACUUUGUCUUUUUAUUUUUUCCAGCAGAACCACUGAUUCAAACGAAACCUCACACCCAGCGCGUAAAUCAGAUAUAAGAAGAGCUCUGGUGGGAGUGGGGUGGAGGAGCUCGGCCUCACAAGGGGGCUCCGAAGGCACCGCCUCCCAGCAGUUUGGCAACCACUAGCCAAACUUCCGCGGCCAAUUUCCCCUCUAAGCCUGGGUUCCUCGAGAGUGUGCCUUAGCUUAGCGCACCGUGCACUCCUCACCGCACGCCUCUACCCCCUUCCCACGGUCUUCCACGCCAGGUCCUGCCAUGGAGCUGCGCUCCGAACUGCCCAGCGUGCCCGGCGCGGCGACGGCGGCGGCGACAGGGACGGGCCCCCCCGUGGCGUCUGUGGCGUCGGUGGCAGCGGCGGCGGCGGCGGCCGCUUCGCUCCCCGUGAGCGUGGCGGGCGGCUUGCUACGGGCGCCGCCGCUGUUGUUGCGGGCGGCGGAGAAGUACCCGAGGACCCCCAAAUGCGCGCGCUGCCGCAACCACGGCGUGGUGUCUGCGCUCAAGGGCCACAAGCGCUACUGCCGCUGGAAAGACUGCCUGUGCGCCAAGUGCACGCUCAUCGCCGAGCGCCAGCGCGUCAUGGCGGCGCAGGUGGCGCUGCGCAGGCAACAGGCGCAGGAAGAGAACGAGGCGCGCGAGCUACAGCUGCUCUACGGCACCGCCGAGGGCCUGGCGCUAGCCGCCGCCAACGGCAUCAUCCCGCCGCGACCAGCUUACGAAGUCUUCGGCUCUGUCUGCACCGCCGACGGCGGGGGGCCGGGAGCCGGAGCGCCCGCGGGGACCGGAGGCGGCGCAGGGGGCGCCGGGAGCUCAGAGGCCAAGUUGCAGAAGUUUGACCUGUUCCCCAAGACGCUGCUUCAGUCGGGCCGCCCAGGCAGCCCGCAGCCGGCUCCGGGGAAGCCCUUAUCACCCGAUGGCGCGGACUCGGGUCCGGGGACAUCGUCCCCGGAGGUGCGGCCGGGCUCGGGCUCGGAGAACGGCGACGGCGAGUCUUUUUCGGGGUCGCCCCCGGCCCGGGCCUCCAAGGAGGCAGGUGGCAGCUGCCCGGGCAGCGCUGGCCCCGGAGGCGGCCCCGAGGAGGACAGCCCAGGCUCCGCCAGCCCAUUGGGCUCGGAAUCCGGUUCCGAGGCCGACAAAGAAGAGGCGGAGGCCGUGCCCGGGCCAGGGCUGGGCGGGGGCCCGAGUCCACGGCAGCGGACGCCGCUGGACAUCUUGACGCGCGUCUUCCCGGGCCACCGGCGAGGCGUCCUGGAGCUGGUGUUGCAGGGCUGCGGUGGCGACGUGGUGCAGGCCAUCGAGCAGGUGCUGAACCACCACCGCGGGGGCCUGGCGGCCGGCCUCGGCCCCGCCCCGCCUGCCGACAAGGCCGCGGUGGGUGCAGCGGCAGCUGCGGACGACGCGUGGCCAGGCCGCGUCGACACCGCCGCCGCCGGGGGGCCCGGGCUGCCCGCGCCGCUGCAGGCCGGCCCCGCCGCCCCGCCGCACCACAGACCUUUGCUGGCCGGCGCCAUGGCGCCCGGGGCGCUGGGCUCGCUGAGCAGCCGCUCGGCCUUCUCGCCACUGCAGCCCAACGCCAGUCACUUCGGCGCCGACGCGGGCGCCUACCCGCUGGGCGCGCCGCUCGGCCUCAGCCCCCUGCGCCUGGCCUACUCGGCGGCGGCGGCGCACAGCCGCGGCCUGGCCUUCAUGGCUCCCUACUCCACCGCCGGCCUGGUGCCCACCCUCGGCUUCCGGCCGCCCAUGGACUACGCCUUCAGCGACCUCAUGCGCGACCGCUCUGCCGCCGCCGCCGCUGUGCACAAGGAGCCGAGCUACGGCGGCGGCCUGUACGGGCCCAUGGUCAACGGCGCCCCUGAGAAGCAGUAGGGCGAGGGCCCCGGCAGCCGGGCGGCCGCCAAACAGGCACCCCAGCCUGGUUCCCGCGGGCCGCCGGCCCCUCGUCGUUCGGUCGCUCUCUGAGCCCCAGCUGGGGUCCUCUCGCUCCAAGGCGUU